AUGGAGAAGUACAGCGCGUACAGGGAUCCGGGGACGGGAAUACAGCCGUUCCUCACUCCCAUUCCUCCCCUUACCUCCAACAACUUGAUUACUCUUGCUGCGCCCCUUGCAUACGCUCUUGGUGCACGAAUAGUUCCACCACUCCAUAGGCUAAUAGCCGGAGUUUUGACGAAGGUCACCACUCGCGCCAUCCUCUUCGUAUGCGGCUUCUUUUGGAUCCCGGUGGAGGUUGUGACACGGCAGCGAGGCCGCUUGGCUCAAAAGCCAAUCCCAUGGCGCCCCAAAGCGGAGGAUAUCAUUGUCAGCAACUGGGUCUCCUGGAUUGAGCUGCUAUGGCUCGCAUUCUGGUACGAUACUACCCCUCCCCACCUUCCUGUCAGUUUACGACCUCCCCGCUAG